UCCGACUAUCCGCAUUCCGCGAGUAAGUAUCGAGACUCGAGAGUCGAGAUCGCGCCGAGCCGAGCCGUGUGUGCUGCGCGUCUGGCUGCCGUAACCCCCGCGUAACCCGUUCGCGACGACGAGCGAGACAUAUAAUCCAUCCCGAGCUAUCCGCAAUAGGAGCGCGUCGGACGCAGGAGAUGGCGAAGACGGCCAAAUCCGAGGAACAGCUCGUCCGCUCCGACACCUUCGAGGUUAUGUUUAUAUAUGUCCUCUCGAGUCGCGAUCUGCUGAACGGAGUCCGUUGCUGUCGAAAAGAGUAGAAUUUCGUAUCGCAGUUCUCGGGAAUAGAGAUGACACUCGGCGGAAAAGGUUGCGGCUUUACGGGCUUCGGAGUCCGAUGUUGAGACGCUGACGGCAAAACACGUGCGCGGCAUCUUCUGCUCGACGACCCGCUGAGUUAGCUGGCUGAAGUGGUUAUUUUUGAAAUGGCUCCGCUUUUACGUUUAUCUGGUAAAAGAAUGGACAAGCCAUCGAAUGCCUUACUUGUCUAUGUCUCACAAGAAGCAUGGUUGAAAUCUGUGCUGGAGGGCAAGCACGGCAGAGUAGACACAAGCAUAGACUACUGUACCAAUAGAGAAGAAGAGGAGGAAGACUUCUCUAAUUACAAGUUCGAAGAUGACAUUCUUUACUUACGCUCUUUGGACCCUAAGGAGUGGAAGGAACAGGAUCACUAUGCAGUUCUUGGUAUAAAGGACCUCAGAUAUAGAGCCAAUGAGGAUGUCAUUAAAAGAGCAUACAAGCACAAAAUUCUCAAACACCAUCCAGACAAAAGAAAAGCCAUGGGUGAGGAAAUAAGAGCAGACGAUGAUUAUUUCACGUGUAUCACCAAAGCAUGGGAAACACUGGGCAACCCAGUGAAACGUCGGAGCUAUGACAGCGUUGAUCCGUACUUUAACGACAACCUGCCAGAGGAGAAAGAGGUCAAGGAGAACUUUUUCAAGGUCAUGGGUACUGCCUUCAAGGAAAAUUCCAGAUGGUCGGUUAAGCAGCCAGUCCCAAAACUUGGCGAUUCUAAUACUCCCAGAGACCAAGUUGAGAAAUUUUACAUGUUUUGGUAUGACUUUGAAUCAUGGCGAGAAUACUCAUACCAGGAUGAAGAAGACAAAGAAAGCGGACAAGAUCGGGAGACGCGUAAGUGGAUUGAGAAGAAAAACAAGUCCGUGCGUGUAAAGAAGAAGAAAGAGGAGAUGACGCGGAUACGCACCUUAGUUGAUAUGGCUUACAAUCUAGACCCGCGAAUCCGCAAAUUCCAGCAGCAGGAUAAGGAUAAGAAGCAGGCAGUCAAGCGAGCCAAGCAGGAGGCAGCUAGAGCGCGUCAGCUCGAGGAAGAACGGAUCGUGAGAGAGGCUGCUGAAAAACAGCGGGCGGAGAAGGAGAAGCGUGAAGCUGAGGAACGAGCAAAGGCGGACGCACUGAAGCAAGAAAGAGAAGCCCAGAAGAAAGCACUCAGACGUGAGCGAAAGAACUUCAGAGAUCUCUGCAAGGAAAAAAAUUACUUCGCGGAAACGUCGGAGGAAAAUAUAAGGCAUAUGGAGAAUGUCGAGAAAAUGUGCGAAUUGUUUAAGUUGGCGCAGCUCGAGGAAUCCAUCAAGACGAUACGAUCUGAGGGUAAAUCUGCCUUUGUUAGAAUAAUGAGUGAAGUCGAUCAAAAGCUGGAGGCGGAGCGAAGAGCCGCCCUGGGAUACGCUGACACUAGAAACACUCCAGAUAAACAGGUAAAGGCCCACACUGCUCCCUGGUCGGAGAGUGAUUUGCAGCUUCUUAUCAAAGCGGUGAACUUGUUCCCGGCGGGUACAAACCAACGUUGGGAAGUGGUAGCAAAUUUUAUCAACCAACACAGCAACUCAUCCUCAGGAGCUAAACGUGAUGCUAAGGAGGUAUUGGCUAAGGCCAAAGAUUUGCAGUCGACUGACUUUAGCAAAUCCAGCCUCAAGGAGCAAGCUAACAAGAAGGCUUUUGAUAACUUUAUCGCCGAGAAAAAGCACAAAGACGUCGACGACAGGAUGCCCGCAGUUACAGAGAGACUCGACAACCCCGUUACCAAUGGCAAGAACACCACAGCUGUGAAAGUAAACGAAGAGAAAAAAGAAAAAGAAGCUGCACCAGCGCCUUGGACACCCGCCGAACAAAAGCUGUUGGAACAGGCGUUAAAGACUUAUCCGGCUUCUGCGCCUGACAGAUGGGACCAGAUUUCUGCCUGCCUGCCCUCUAGAACGAAAAAGGAAUGCAUGAAGCGAUACAAGGAACUAGUAGAAUUAGUGAAAGCCAAGAAAGCGGCCCAGGUCCUUAAAUAAUAUUGGCUUUUAUAUCAACUGGAAAUUCAAUAGCUUUUACGAGCGUCGGUGUUUCGCUGCUGUGUUCAUGCUCUAGCCGCGGGAGGACUCCGGCCGAGGUGGACUACGGUAAACAGCGGCCGCAGUCUGGCGUCUUCUUGAAGUUCAUGUCAACACUCGACUUAAUAAAAAUGACGUAUUAAAUUAUAUAGGACAUUUUCUCAUAACUAAGCUCGUAAACCGCGAAAGUGAGAUACUCUUAAGACAACUGUACAAGAACAGAAUUUUUUGAAAACUGGACGUAUUAAGCUUAGUCUUUGUGAUUUCCUAUUGAACGAUCUUGUAAUUAAUGUAAGAUAAUAGGCAGGCAGGAGGUAAGAAGGAAGUAAGCUCAGUAAAUUGAAUGAAUUAAAUAAAAUAAGCAAGUCUGAUUGA